AUUACAUAGUUGGGCCGAUGAGAUAGCAUUGACAAUUGGUUUUCAAUUUACAAGUGCUUCUUAUAAACAAAAAGAAGGACGUUCUAGAGUUAGUUUGUAUUUAAGAUGUCACCGCUAUAGUAAUAUUAGGGGUGAUUUGCAUAACCUAGAUAAUGCUGCCCAACCUGAUUUUAAAAGUAGAACAUGUCAGUGUAAAUUUAUGAUUGUAGCAAGUAGUCGUAAAUCAGGAGAAAGACCUUGGACGGUGAGGGUUUGUCCGGGGGAAAAAGGUAGACAUAACCACUCGUUUUUAGUGUACAGAGAUGGUCAUGUAAGGGCAAAUAGGAUGAAUGUAGAUAUUCGGGAGCACAUACGACAGCUUAGUGCAACCUGCCUUUAUCAUGACUUCAAUUAGGGAAAAUUUUUCUGGGUGUUUUUUACUAGUAUGAAUCAAAUAUACAAUGCUAGACAAUCAAUAAGGAGAGAAGAGAUGGACGGUAGUACUCCCCUUCAACACUGUCUUUAUAUGGCCAUAGAGCUUUAUUACGUGGUCUGGAUAGACUUGGAUAGUGAAGGGGGAUUGUGCAGAUUAUUAGUUGCAAAUCUUACCUCUAUCCAAAUGAUACGUACGUGGUCGUAUGUUUUGUUGAUAGAUACAACGUAUAAAAAAAACAAACAAAAGUGGCCACUGUGUGAAGUAAUAGGAAUGACGCCAACCAAUCACAUCUUGGUUGCGUUCUGUUUGAUGCGAGAUGAGGCGACUGUGUCAUAUUCGUGGGUGUUACAGGGAUUGAGAGAUAUUUUAGGCACAGCUCAGACUCCUAGAGUCAUCGUCACUGAUCGAGAUGAGGGUUUAUCUGCAGCUAUUCGUGAUGUCUUCCCAGAUGUGCGACAUUUGUUAUGCAUUUGGCAUAUUGCCAACGACGUUGAUAAUAUGGUGGACAAGUCGUGUGGCGGGAAAAAAAAUCAACAAGGCAAAGUAUUCAGGAAAAGUCAAUGGAAACCCCUGGUUGAAAGUUCUACACUCGACGAAUUCGAACAAAGAUGGUAAUCGAUUGUGACUACCUGGUCGGUUAGAAACAGAAAGGUCGUUCGAUAUUUGGCUGGAACAUAGAUUCCACUUAAAGAGAACUUUGUGCGUGCAUGGACGAAUGAAUGUUUACACAUGGGUAACCAGACUACCAGCAGAGUUGAAAGUCAACACUCGUCUUUCAAGUAUUAUCUUGGUAGUGGUAAUAGCUCAUUUGACACCCUGUUUAAAAGGGCACACGCACAGAUAACAAACAGCAAGCUAGGAUCCGACAAGCGCUACAGCAAUCUAUGAAUUCUUUUUCAAGGUUGUUGCGACAUCAUUUCUUUAGACCUUUAUAUCACCAUGUAUCUAUUUUUGCCUUGGAGAAGUUGCAGCUUGAGCAUAACCGUAUGUUAGAUUUGGGUGAUUAUGUAUUUAUAUCGACAUCAUUUCAAGGUCGUCCCCUCUGGGCAGGGUAGGCCUAGAACUAUU